AUUCCCAUGCACGCGGAGUAGUUUAUAAUAUCCGCCUCUCAGCACCAGCACCAGAUAUCCCAUCCCCGAGCCGCUCUCCCUCCUCCUCCUCCUCCUCCUCCCCUCCUCUCCCCCACACCACCUCGCUUUCUCUGCAGCAAUUCCUCCUCCAGCCGUGGCCCCUUGGGUCUUGGGAUGAAGUAGAACAGACACUGCCCCCAGUAGAUAGAGAGAGAGAGAGAGCAAGAGGGUCUUCUGCAAGUAUCCCACUAGAGUGUUGAAAAACAGGGCAAAGAAAGGAAGAAGAUUCUGUGUGUGUUUGUGUUUGUGUGUGUGUGUGUGUGUGUGUGUGUGUGGGUGAGAGAGAGAGAGAGAGAGAGAGGCUGGUUCAUUAGCCAUUUUGGGCUGCAUUAAUUCUUGAUUGGAGAGUGGUUUGUCUGCAUCUAGAGGCUUUCGAAACUUUGUGAUGAUAGAGAAACCAUUCUCCUUACCGGAAUAGAAAUAUUUUUGCCACAAGAGAGAGAGAGAGAGGGGGGGAGGGGGCGAGAAACGACGAAAACGUAACAAAGAGGGGAAACGUAAGAGGCUGAACCAGAGGCGGAGCUAAAAUACAAAGCUUUCUUUGGUUCUGCUGUCCUGAUAAUUGAUGAUGGCCUCCUGAGGGCCUCUCUCUGCAUGUCCCUUCUGAGAUCAGUUGGAUUCUUCUUCUUUCAUGAGAAACCUGAGCUAGAACACUUGGGGGGGAAGAGGAGAUAGAGCGAGAAAACCGGCGAAAAAGUCGAGCCUUUGAGCUUCCGUUUCUCUUGGGUUUGCUCUGUUUCUGGAGAUGGAGGUAGGAGAAAUCUAGCAGAGAGAGAGAGAGAGAGAGAGGAACUUCAACUUCAUGGGCUCUUCCUCUGCGUAAUUUUCUUGAUUCUCUGGUGCUCAAAGAAUGGCCUCUUUGACUGUACUAUUGAUAACCCCCCUCUCGUCCUUCAUUCUCUGACACUAAACUUGAAAAAGAAGUAAAAGCCACGAACUGUCUGCAAUUUGGUGGAGCAUAAAGGCGAUCCUGCUUGUGCCCAUUUGAAUUCACGGCUGUUCUUGCCUGAAAUCUACAAAUCUUUUCAGAUUGAUCUGUUGUUGGGGCCGUAUACACAGAGAGAACAGAUUUUUCUCAAAGAGAAGCUUCUUUAAUGGCGGAACUUAGUUCUUUCUCUUUACCAUCUCCCAGAAAUAAUUACAAGAAAGUCACCGGAUCAUCUUUUUUCAGCUUGCCAAGGCUAUUCACUAGCUUCACUAGCUUCACUGUGAAGGGGUUCUCUGAAACCGACACUGCGAUUAGUCCUACUUCAAUUCUUGACAGCAAACCAUUCUCAUUCUCGACCAUCAGAAACUCCUUCUGGUCUGAUAACACCAGCACUUCGUCUUCUUCACCCCGAAACACAGACACAGAGCACAAGCGCUCUUACUGGGAAAAGAAGAAGAUAGAAUCAGUAGGAAUUGGCCUAGGCAUUGUUGAUGCUCUGAAAGACGAGAGCUUUGACCCGAAGCAGCCUAAACCCGAGGCCCGGCCUGUCGUCAUCUUCGGAUCGAAGCUCAAGAUCCAAGUCCCUUCCCUGCCAUUCUCUGUCCCUCCCAACCCCGAGUCGGCGAGCCCAAGGUCUCCACCCAAUUUUGGGAUCAAAUCGAGGAAUUCCCAGCUUGGUUUUGCAUCACCACGCAUUUCGCGGUCCCCAGAUACGAAAUCCCGUUCCGGGUCAUCCUCCAAUUCGCGUGGCCUGGGUGUGCCCGGCUCGCCCCAGAUUUUGAGUGCCAGUGAGAUGGAGCUGUCGGAGGACUACACUUGCGUGAUCUCCCAUGGCCCGAACCCGAAGACAACGCAUAUAUUCGACGAUUGCAUUGUCGAGAGCCGCUGUGGUGUUUUUGGGGAUGCCUCUGAUUUGAAGGAGAAUGGAUUUUUGAGUGAUGAGCAGAGUAGUGGUUCUUUGUCACAGAGUUUUCUUAGCUUCUGUUGCACCUGCAAGAAGAAUCUUGGGCAGGGAAGUGACAUUUAUAUGUACAGGGGAGAGAAAGCUUUCUGUAGUGGAGAGUGCCGGUACCAGGAGAUUCUCUUGGAAGAGGGGAUGGGAAAAUCAGAACCAGAUGAAUAUGGCUUUUCUUGAUAUUGAGUGAUAAUCACCUUGCUUCAAAACAGAGCCUAGAAGAAACCAGCUUCACAAGGAUAGAUUAAUCAUUCUUAACAUAAUCUUUAGAGGCAGAGAGAGAGAGAGAGAGAGAGAGAGAGAGAGAGAGAGAGAGAGAGAGAUAGACUGAACUUUCUAUUGUAUUGAAUGGGUUGAUGCUUGAUAUUCUAGCCUUCGGGGCUGUUUCUGCUACUGCUGCUUCUCUUAGCAAUCUUUUUUGCUUUCAUUUCCCAUUUUUCUCUACUCAUGAUUUUUCUUGUACAAUUGAUUUCAAUGAAGUGAUGAUUUAGGAGAUUGCUAA